AUGAAGGAGAGGUGCGAAAGACAACAUCGCAUGGGUGAGACUUGUGGCAAGAAGCUGGUGCACAGUGAUUAUGUCACAAUGUCCCCUGAACCAUGCCGAGUCUGUAAGGACAUUGACAUCAAAUCUCGGAAGCUGGACAAGGAACGGCAAAACAUUGCUCGGUGGCGUCAGGAGGGGAAGAAGUUCGUGGCAAGCAUUGAAAAGGCCGAAAACGAGGUCGAGCGGCUCAAGGAGACGAUCGACAACCUGGAGAGCAGCCGUGUCUCAAAGAAAUUCAGCCUUUCGUCGGCGAGCCGACACACAGGAAUGCAGCCGAGCACUCAUGUGCAGCAGAACAUCUCGCAGGCACAUCAUGUGGACCAGAUGAAGCAUGUGGUGGACCGUCAUACCUCGUUGAGUGGGGGUGGCCACCAUGGUCAAUACAACAAUCCUAUUCCGCAACACUCGCAGGGAAGCGCGGCGGAUCGGCACGCGGCAUUACCGCACAGGCCUUCGAACCAGAGCAGGUCUGAUCGUCACGGACGUGGCUGA